GGCUCGGCACGUGGGGCUGGGGCUGGGAGCCGGGAGCGCGGGUGACCGUGGCUCGGUUUCCGUGUCCCGCGCGUGGGGCCUGCGUGUCAGCGUCACCCCUCUGGGGUCGAGCGGGGGCUCAGUCCGUGCGGCUCUCCGUGCGGGCCGAAUUCCGCCGCCGGGCGCCGGCGCGGGCGCGUGUGCAAGCGCAGCCCAUGGUCCCUCAGGGGGCGAGCCGGAGGGUCGCGGAGACGCGGCGCGGACGGUGACAGCAUGAACCUCCUACCCAAGAGCUCCCGGGAGUUCGGCUCCGCGGAGUACUGGGAGAAGUUCUUCCAGCUGCGGGGGAAGCGGGCUUUCGAGUGGUACGGAAGCUACCUGGAGCUGUGCGGGGUGCUGCACAAGUACAUGAAGCCCCGGGAGAAGGUGCUGGUGAUUGGGUGCGGUAACUCGGAGCUAAGUGAGCAGCUGUAUGAUGUGGGCUAUUUGGAUAUAGUGAACAUUGACAUCAGUGAGGUGGUCAUCAAGCAAAUGAAGGAACGCAAUGCCAGCCGACGGCCCCAGAUGAGCUUCUUGAAGAUGGACAUGACACAGAUGGAGUUUCCUGAUGCUUCGUUCCAGGUGGUGUUGGACAAGGGCACCCUGGACGCUGUCCUGACAGACGAGGAGGAAAAGACCCUGCACCAAGUGGACAGGAUGCUGGCUGAGGUUGGCCGUGUCCUGCAGGUGGGCGGUCGCUACCUCUGCAUCUCCCUGGCUCAGGCUCACAUCCUGAAGAAAGCAGUGGGUCACUUCUCUCGGGAGGGGUGGAUGGUGAGGGUACACCAGGUGGCCAGCAGCCAGGACCGGGUGCUGGAAGCAGAGCCUCGGUUCUCCCUACCUGUCUUUGCCUUCAUCAUGACCAAGUUCAGGCCGGUCCCUGGCUCUGCCCUUCAGAUCUUUGAGCUGUGUGCUCAGGAGCAGGGCAAGCCUGUGCGGCUGGAGAGUGCCGAGCGGCUGGCUGAGGCGGUGCGUGAGCGGCAGCAGUAUGCCUGGCUGUGCAGCCAGCUGUACCGCAAGGCCGGGCUGGGGAGUGUAUCUCUGGACUUGUGCGAUGGGGACACGGGGGAGCCACGCUACACCCUCCACGUGGUGGACAGCCCCACUGUGAAACCAUCGCGGGACAAUCAUUUUGCCAUUUUCAUCAUCCCCCAGGGUCGUGAGACCGAGUGGCUCUUUGGCAUGGAAGAGGGUCGGAAGCAGCUGGCGGCCAGUGCAGGCUUCAGGAGGCUGAUCACAGUGGCCCUCCACCGAGGCCAGCGGUACGAGGACAUGGACAGCAUCCAGGCCGAGCUGUCAGCCAGAGUCAUGGAGUUGGCUCCCGCCGGGAUGCCCGCCCAGCAGCAGGUGCCCUUUCUGUCUGUGGGUGGGGACAUCGGGGUCCGGACCGUUCAGCACCAAGGCUGCAGUCCCUUGAGUGGCAGCUACGUGGUCGAGGAUGUGCAGGGGGAUGACAAGCACUACUUCCGGCGGCUCAUCUUCCUCAGCAACAGGAAUGUGGUGCAGUCUGAAGCCAGGUUGCUGAAGGAUGUGUCUCACAGAGCCCAGAAGAAACGGAAGAAGGACAGGAGGAAGCAGCGGGCUGAUGACACUCCAGAGGACCUCCCUGCAGCCCCAGGGCGGCCCGUUGACAAGACUUACCUGUGCUGUGAGCACCACAAAGCAAUGAUCGCCGGCCUUGCCCUGCUCCGAAACCCGGAGCUGCUCCUAGAGACCCCACUGGCAUUGUUGGUAGUAGGCCUGGGUGGGGGCAGCCUCCCUCUUUUUGUCCACGAUCAUUUCCCGAAGUCCUGCAUUGAUGCUGUGGAGAUCGACCCCUGCAUGUUGGAAGUGGCCACCCAGUGGUUUGGCUUCUCCCAGAGCGAUCGGAUGAAGGUCCAUGUUGCAGACGGCCUGGACUAUAUUACCAGCCUGGCGGGAAGAGAAGCUCGGCCCCACUACAAUGUCGUCAUGUUUGAUGUUGACAGCAAGGACCCAACACUGGGAAUGAGUUGCCCACCACCAGCUUUUGUGGACCAGCCUUUCCUGCAAAAGGUCAAAAGCAUCUUGACUCCUGAAGGUGUCUUUAUCCUCAACCUUGUGUGCCGGGACUUGGGGCUGAAGGACUCAGUUCUGACGGGGCUCAAAGAGGUCUUCCCUCUCCUGUAUGUGCGGCGAAUUGAGGGUGAAGUAAAUGAGAUCCUGUUCUGCCAGCUGCGCUCGGAGCAGAAACUUGCCACGCCAGAGGUCUUGGAAAUGGCCCAGGCCUUGGAGCAGACCCUGAGGAAGCCUGGGAGGGGCUGGGAUGACACGUAUGUACUGUCAGAUAUGCUCAAGACCGUGAAGAUUGUGUGACUGCUGGGCCGGGAAGUCUGCUCCGCUUCCUGCCACACUGACCUUGGGCUCCUAGCCUUCCAGAGAUUGAAGAAUUAUAAUGCACAGUAUUUUUUAAGCCUUGCAUUUUUCCUGGUUUCAUACCUCCACCUUAGUGGGGUUGCCUGAAGGUCUGGGGAAAUAGAAAAUGUCCUUCCCAUCCUGUCCUCUUUAGUACCACUCGGGUUGAUUCCCUCUGCUUCUCCUGUGUCCUUGAGUAGGAUUCCCUGCUGGAGCCCCCAGCAGAUGCUGAUGCCUUAAUGACUGUACACCGAGCUCCUUAGGAUGGAAGACGAUCAAAUUUGAUCGCUGGUUUGCUUUUGCUUUACCUUCCUAUUGGUUCUGUAGGAAUGAUCUCAAGUGAGAUAACAGCUUUCUAUGCCAAAAGACUAUAAAAAGAGUAGGAUUUCCAUAGAUGUGAGAGAUUUGAGAAAACAUCUAAUCCACUCUGUCUUCCUCCAGAUGGAACCGCUGCGGACAUGAUUCCAAGUUGUAAAAACAUGCUAACCCACUCUAACAACUUUUCUCAGCUACCCAAACCUUGUAGCCUAAGGUUUUUGUUCUGUUCUCAGUGGAAGGGAUGGAUGUAAGUGGCCCCAUAAUUGCAUGUCAGAGACAGCUGACUGAAGUCUCCAGAGCUGGUCUACUCUCCAUUGACUGACGUGUGGGACCCAGCACAAAGACUGUGAUGGAUAUAAAGAUGGUUAAGAGUGGCCAGAAAACAUGGAUUAGUAAUAAAAAUGAGCAUGUUCCGGUAACUUUGAUUCACGUACACUAUCUCAUUUAAUGAAAUAAAGGAAUGUUAAGCCAAAGCUACAUCUAACCUCAAAUCUCAUUUGAGCCAGCAGCAUCAGUCCUAUCUACCUAUUUAUCGAAUCUGUAGAAGCAGCAGUUCAGAGAUUGGCUUGAAUUUCAUCUCUCCUAAUUAUGCCAAAGCUGACUUAAUGAGCAGUGCCAUGGAAAGUAAGCAUUAUCACCAUACACCAUCCCAACUUACUUUACAGGCCCUUUCAAAUGGACUCUAACCUCUUGAGGUGAAGCAUAUUUCAAAGGUAGGGUGUCAUCCUUACAAAAUCUUGUCAGCCCAUUGAGGAGAAAGGAUGUGAGGACAGAGUAGGGUUUUUGGAUUUUACCCAUUACCAAGACUUGAUGUUCCUUAAAGGGAGGAUCUUUCCCUGGAGCCAUGUAAAGGGAAGGCUGUGUCUUGUCAUGUCCCUGUACCUCAAAGGGCCUCAGUUUGGGAAUCCUCCCAUUGUCUUCUAACUUGUAAGCUCAUGCAGUGUUAGGACAGGUGGUAGAGGACCCGGGUCUGAGUCAGAGGAUCUACUCUGACUGCCCUUCUGUCCUCUCACUCUCUCAGACUGCUGGCUUUGGGAUAGCACAUUUGGGUGGCACAGCCAAGCUAGAGAUUUACCAGAAUGAAGAUGAGGUCUCAACCAUCUAAGAAGAGCUGCCCAGGGGAGUAGGCAGGCUUGUUGGAAAGGAGCCUUCGGAAGUGGGAAGAGGCCGGCAGGGGUAAUGACAGUUGUCUUCAAAAUUUUGGAAGUCUGUGGGUACGAAAGAAGAGCGAAAUUGAUUUGGUGUACCUCCAAAGGCUGAAGGAAGACCAGCCGACAGAAAUUACAGUUUGGCAGCUUUCAGCUUUAUUUCCUUCGAAGAGAUUUUUAACCAAUGGAGGCCACUUUGCUCCCUGGAACACAUGGUGACUCAGGCGGUUUUCUCAGAUACUGGUCUUUACUCCCCUUGGUGUGCUCCCUAAGUUGUGAGAAAAGAGUUUUCUGUGUACAGGCAAUGCCCUUGGUUGUGUCCCAUCUUUCCCCAGUGGAAAACUACUCCCUCUUUUAGGGGGGUGGGGAUGAGUUUCCAUUUUCUCUUU